AAGCUGUCAAAUGAGGUCCAAAGUGGCGAGGUCAAAGUCAAGUCAGCCUCCAUUCAAUCCCGCCAAGAGUAAGCAAACCCCAAGUCAUUGGAAAACCAGCAAGAUUGAAAGGCUUUGCAGUGAAUUUGAUAUGUCGACCCUGCGCUUUGGACAACACCUUAUCAAGGCCUCUGCCGUGUUCUUGCAGACAGAAUUGUCCUUUGCUCUUGUCAACAGGAAGCCUGUGGUGCCUGGACAUGUAUUGGUUUGCCCACUGAGACAAGUGGAGCGUUUUCGAGAUCUUCGACCAGAUGAAGUGACAGAUUUAUUCAGCGCUACCCAGAGAGUUGCCAACCUGGUGGAAAAGCAUUUCAACGCCACAUCUCUCACCAUUGCCAUUCAGGAUGGUCCUGAAGCCGGACAAACUGUGAAGCAUGUCCAUGUCCAUGUGCUUCCCAGGAAGGCAGGCGACUUUGAACGCAACGAUAGUGUCUAUGAUGAGCUCCAAAAACACGAUGGCCAAGAUGAGGAUGUGCCCUCAAAGUGGAGAUCAGAGGAAGAGAUGGCAACAGAAGCCUCCAUCUUGAGAAAUCAAAUUGAGAACUUGUAGAGGGUAAAUCUGUAAACAUUUUUUUGCCUCAUAUUUUAUUUGACUCUGUUAGAAGUUGCAAAAAUCCAUUCUCUAUAGGAUAGCAUGCAAUGCCAUGGUCAGCAGUAAUUGUGAAAUAAAAAAAUCCAAUGAUGUCGAACAUUACAUGCAAUAAUAUCUGGAGGACUUUUCUUUUGUUACAAGGCUUAUAUGUAUUUCUUU